GUAACAUAAAACGUUCAUUUAUUUCCAUUAAAAAUAUAGGUUAAUGGGAACCCAGCCCCAAAACAUUAAGAAAGUAGGUAUUUAUAAUACUAAUCCAUUUGUACUUAGGAAUCCCUUUGAACAUACAAAUACGGAUUAGAGUCGCUUAGCAGAAAACGAAGAAAGUUUCAAGUUAAAAAUACGCCUUCGUCAAUAUUCGUGAUUCUUCGUGCCAGUCCGGUGCCGCCCGCCUUGCACGAUGCGUCUACGCACUGGGCGGGAAAUCAAAUUAAACGAUACCAAUAUUUCAUUCAUGAAUUAACUUUAAUAUAUGUUUUACUAUUUGUACAGCCAAAAAUAGAAAAACAGUCUAAACAAAAAUAAAGUAAAGAAAGAUCCAUUCGUCUACCGGUUCCAAACAGUGACACAAUGAAAUGUAUUUCCCAGUUAUUUGUGUAAUGCUAGAAUGUGAACGCGUCUAGGAAUAAACCGAUGUCUACCGAUAUCAAGUGAAUUUAAUGCGGAUACUUCUUGGAUAUAUGCCACUAAAGUAUUACCGGUUUAUGUUCAAAUAUUUGAAGUGUUAAUAAAAUAUGCCAGGUGUUUGCCUGUUGUAAAAUGCAUUCCUUUAAAAUUCUUCCCAUUGCCGAGUGAGAGACUACACGUGCGUUUAUUUUCAUCUAAAUAUAGCUCACGCAUAAACCGACAUCUGCGAUUUUACGAUGACGUCCCAAAAAGAAAGCAAUGACGUCGCUGAGGUCAGCCAAGUGGAGAAGGAGAAGACAAAACCGGCACGAAAAGAGCAAAAAGAAGUGACAGAACUCCCUCCUAGUGGUACUUCACUGCACAAAAGGCGAAGAGGAGAGCCACCUGCUUCCUUAUCAGUGAAAUCGCCGCAGACACCAUCAGAUGCAGAAGGAUCGUCUCCAUGCACAGCCAGAACACCUGACGAAUCCUGGGGCAUGGAUGGAGAUACCACAGAUCCUGAAGCCUUGUGUGAAAGUAUGCUCCAAAGAUUAAAAGAUCGUGACGAUGCUCUAUCUAAGCGAGGCAAAGAAAUAGCUUCGCGAACGAAGGACACUUUAGAGUCUAUAGACCAGCUAGAAAAGCUUUUAGAGCUUCUAGACCAGUUUGUUACACUGAAAGAGACUAAUAACAAAAUAUUGAGAAGAUUAAAAGAUGUGAAUCAUUUAAAAAGACUCCAUAAUGCGUAUAAGAGGAUAGAGAAAGAAAAUGAAAGGUUAAAAGAUGAGACUAAAGAACUAGAGCAUAUAAAUGAGGCUUUGGAUGCGGAGCUGGAAUGUGAAUAUGGACAAGUUCUGUUUGACUCUGUGAUGUCAGGUGGUCGGAGUAUGAAGAGAACUGGAUCCAGGUGGAAGACUCAUUCCAGGUUCGGGGGAUCACUGUUGAGGAAGCAAAGGUCCAGAUCAGCAGGUGGAGACGACAGUGAUGCGUCUCCUGGUGCACUCUUGCGACGGAGAUCUGAUGGUGUUUUCUCCAAAGAGGUGGAAAAGUCGAAAGUUUCUAAUUGGACCAGAGUUAAAGCUGCUUUCAAAUGGGAGAAAGCACACUGGCCAUCUGCCACCAUCGGCGGAGCGGCAGCGGUGGCUGCAGGGGCCAUGGCCACUGUGGCUCUGGUCGGCUCCACGCCCAGUACUCCUGGCCCUCUGAGCCAAGGGCCUGGCCUUCCCAACCCGGAGCCACGGGACUCCGCCAGCUUAACACCAGGCAGCUUGAUCUCUCUAUCUCCUAACUCAUCGUGUGAGGAACUGCGGAUUGAGUCUGGAGUAUGCCGAAGAAGCGGAAUGCGCAGUGAUGAUCAAGAAACUAGCUAUCUACAAGCACCGAUGCAGGACGAUAGUUCAACUUCCCCAUCACCAAACAAACUCCACAAAAGCCCGUGGGUAAAGAUGCGGGAUAUCAUCCAAACGCAUCGGGAGUCAGUAAAAAAGAAGACCAGACCACCCAAGGGGUCUCCUGACGUGAUACCGCCCAGGAGGAGGUCCCUGAGUGAUGGAGGGGAUAGCGAUGCACCACCAGCACUGACGCUAACAAUACCCUCUUCGGAGGAGUUGGAAUCCGAGGGUUCCCACCCGGUGCUCCGCAAGCAGCGCUCCCUGGAGCUCGGAGCUAGGCCGCCGCAGCACCGGCAGCCGCGCGAUUCCAAGUGGUCCAGGGUCAAGAGGGCGUUCCUCACCUCCACCUCCGCGUCCGUCCCCUCCAGCCCCAACCGACACUCCGCCUUCUUUACUGAUGCAGAUACAGAAGGGGUAAGCAGUGGCUGCGAGGCAAGCGCUGUCAGAGAGGAGAUAGCUAGAGACUACGCGGCACUUCAAACACGUCUAGGAAGAGAGAUCUCCGAUCGACGGGGUAAACUUGGUUAUGUGGCUCCUCGUCCCGUAGCUACGGAAGAAGAGUUGUCAGCAGAUUUCCGGAAGAAGCUCGAAGAAUGGCAAAGAAUAAAGGGCGUAAAGCAACCACCACCCGUCCCGGCGAGAAAAGAUCUCAGUGACGAUUUUUUGAAGAAAUGGGAUGAAUGGACACGCAUGAAGGAAACAAAUUCAGUUCCAGCUUGGGAAGAAGAAGCCAAACCAGACGAGGUGUUAGUUCGAACCUCCACAGGGCUAUUCAAAUUUCACGGAAUAUCCCGUUCUUUCACCCGCAAACUCCACGAGUGGGAAAAGUCCAGAGGCAUAGCUCCUGAGGCCUCCACAUCAGCUCUGCUGAACGCAGCACGGGCGAAGGUCAAGCUGCCGUCUUCCCAGCUCACGCGCACGCAGUCUGACGGUAGCGUGGCGCCCUCUGCUGGCUCCGGCCGCGUACACGCUUCCAGCCUUAGUGUCAAUGAUGUUGAUGAUUUUGAAUCGGAAUAUGAGGGAGAGCAUUCGUUGGACGGUGCCGAUGAAUGUGAUGGUCGUCACACCCGCGCUGCAGUGCUAGUGGAAGUUGAAGCUGAGGAGGUCUGCACAGCGUCACCUCUAGUAGCAGUGUCACCUCAACAUACUCCUCAGAAACCAGUCUAUACGUACGGGCAGGCGGAAGCCAGGCAUCUAUGUGAAACCAGCUCUGCAAUUACUGGAACUGCCGUGUUACAGCCGAAUGGUGCCGUCAUACUAUCCGAUUCUCGAAACGUGAUGACCAAAGAAGAAUCAACAAUCAAGACAGUGAUCACUCGUAAACAGUCCACAACAGAAAUGCAAGCAAGAAGUUCUAAAUCAAAAAUGGUUAAACAGGCAAGCUUAGAAGAAGAUGCCAGGUUUAUUAGACAAACCAUUGAUGAAAUUGAGAGAGGGAGUUCCAGUCUUUAUAAAGAAAGUAAUAGUUUAGAUUUUCUAAAGCAAGAAGUCAUGUACGAAAUGCCAGCCCCUUCUACUAAAAGUUCGAGUUUGAAAAGCUUAAAACAAUUUGAUAAUGUAAAAGAUACAAAAAACGGCAAAGACAGUAACGAUGAUAUGAAAGAAGAUAAACGCAGAGAAAAUGACAAAAAUAACGGUAAAAAGAAGUCCAAAUCUCGAGCGAGACUUGAAAGGGAGCAAUCUAAGCCUUCUGAGAGUGACAGUGAUCCAGAAGUUGAUACAGUAACAGUUGAAAUACCCAGAAGACGCAAACGACCACGUAGACCUUCUGAAAGGCCUAGGACUCCUCCCACAUCACUACAUUCUGAUUCUGAUGGAGAAGUAUUCGUUCUAAGACUCAAAGCACCUCAUCAAAGAGACGUAUCACCAGAAGUUAUAGUGAAAACAACUAGAAAAAUCUUCUCACCAGUUGUACGAAGCGGUGAAUCCAUCCCCAGGGCUGUGAUACCAGUCAAUGUCGACGAUCUCGAUGACGUCAGACCAAUGCCACUCAGUCGCAAAUCUGAGUGCAGACAAAUAGAACCGCAGCAGAAACAGGAUUUGGACAAGUCUAAAAGUGCGGGAGAUAUUCAAGAAGCGCAAAAGUCUAGAAGGCCUCCACUACCAUUAUCACCACCGUCGCAGAGGAAACCGCCAAUAAAGGAAGCAUCUCCGUCCAUUCGCAUUAUGAUACAACGGUACAAUCAGAAGAUUAAUGAAGAAGGUCCCGGAUCAGGAGGCAGUAGCGGUACAUCAUCACCAGCGUGGCGAUCACCCAAAUCAGAACGAAAACGCCCCGCCGACAUGCCUGUUAGUGUUAAUAUUAGAAACAACCCAUUCCUAGAGAGAGAAGUGCAGAAAUCAGCGAGCGCCUGUCAACUGUCCCGACGAGAUCAGACGUCUGUUGAAAAACGUCUCACACCGACGCCACAGCCACACGAUGGCGUUUUGAAAUCCCACAGUGCAAAUGUAUUACACCCAGAACAAAAUCCUGAACUACCACCACCAAAAAUCGAGGACAGCCAAGAAACUAUUCGAACCAUAACCGCAAGCACAGAUACCAUCAUCCAAAAUAUACCAAAGAUUACACCAAAGGAGGAAAGAGAAAAAUCGCCUGCAUUGUUACCAGUUUUAAGACAGCAAUCUGAGAUAUUAAUACCUACUGUAUCCAGGUUUAUGCCACAGAAUCCUAUUUAUUUUGAAAGGUCAAUGUCAGCAGUCGAUAGCCCUAUGUUGUCUAAAGAGACAGAAGCCAGGACAGCUGGACUGUCGGAAAGGGCGGCUCGGAUAAGGGCGGCUAGAGAUAAGUUUCUGUCGUCAGCGGCAGCUGUGCCUAUGAGACGAGAGGGAACAAGUUCUGCCAGUGAUUUGAGACCAGCAGAUAGAUCAAGCCGCAUCAGCUGUGACAGUGACGUAACGGAAGAGCAAGGCGCUGCCCAAGAUGCAGGUCUCGGAAGAAGUGCAUCGACUGGCAUGGUCAAUGUGGACAGAGACGCUUGGCAGAGGCUUGCUGAAGGUUCUCGUCGUGAGCGGCCUCGCUCCAGGUUCAGCCUGGCGCGGCUAGCAGCUAAACUCCGACGCAAGGAAGAGAGUGCGGUGUCCCGUUUGUGCCGACAGAGCCUGUUUGUGCAGUUACGCAAACAGUGAAUAAAUGUAGUAAAAUGUA